AUGAGCCCAUCCGCCCAACGUGACCUCAUCAGCCAACACCCACCGAGCAGUCCUUUCUCGCCGGCCCUCAAACCGCUCGUCGGAUCAUCAUCAUCAACAGCAGCACCAUCAAACGAGCUCACUCCAUCUUCUACAGCCGGCACGCGAUCCCUGAAACCAUCCGAACUCCGGGCUACCUUCGUCAACCGACUCGAGCGAUUCAAAAUUCUAGAAUCCUUGAACACCCAUCUCCCGUCCGCAUCCUCCCCCACCGAACCCUCCAAGCCACGAAGCCUACCACUCAAGUUCGACUUCACCAAACACAAAAACCCAGAGAAGUUCCAAUAUCGAUACAUGUAUGAGAAGCUCUCAGAUCGCUCUGAUGUGCUUGACCGACUAUUAGAAGAGGCAGCCAUGACGAUAUCGGAUUGGUAUGAGAUCGAGGAGUGGGCGGAUCCGAGUGUGAUCAGUCAGGAAGAUAUCUGGGCAUACGGUCGAAUAUGUGCUGAGACUCAAGAUUCCAAGAUCUCUGACCAGGCCUGCUGGUUGGAAACUAGUCGGAUGAUCGGCCACGGUAGAAGGAUUCGAUUACAAUGGGCUGAUGAUCUGAAGGUUCAUGGCGUGGGCUCACAGGAGGAGGGUAUUGGCUUGUUCCCAGGUGCGAUCGUCGGUCUACGGGGUCGGAAUGGGGGAGGAACUUACUUUAGCGUUCAGGAGAUCUAUCUGUAA